CCUUUUUUAUUUUAUUUAUAUUUAUAUUUUUAUUUAUAUUUAUAUUUAUCAGAUAUGAAGGCAGAGUAUUGCGUCGAUUAUCUUUCCUAUCAAUGGUCACCAGAAGAUUUGAUUCAAACUUAUAAAGAAAACUAUAAACAACGUCAAUGUUAUAUCAUCAAUACAAUCACUCCUACUGAUACUUUAUUAACAAAAAAUGAAAAAAGAUUAAAGAAAUCUGAAGAAUAUAAAUUACUUCGAUUUCAGAAUGCUUUAUGGAGAACGAUGGCUAGAGAUUGUACAAACCAGCUUGGCCAGUCUAAUAAACUAAUUCACCCUUCCACUGUUAGUUGGCAAAAAGAAUCUGAUAUCACAUGGCUAUAUGGUCCAAUCUAUACAGCUACUUCCAACAAUAGAAAUAUUGAGAUGGAGAAGAAGAAGAAUGUACAACAACAACAACAGAAAACUUCUCCAACGCUUAAACCUGUUUUAAAAAAGUAUAACAGUAGUAACGUCACCCAAAACAUACCGACUUAUUCCGAUAAUAAUGUUAUGAUAGCAUCACGUACUAAUAGCUUUAGUAGUAUUAGUAGCAAAUCUUCUUCAGUUCACUUUAAUCCUGAAAUUAUCGAGAUUGAAUAUCAACCUGAAUAUCCUGUUUCCUCUAUUAUUGACAAUGACAAAAAUAACAACGAUAUGAUUUGGUCUUCACUCUUGUUACAAACUAGCAUUUCUUUAAAGUCUUUUCCUCGUUUUAUCUCUAUCUCUAAACAACAAAUAACUACCAUGACUAAAAAGAGAAAACAACUAUUACAUCCUUCUUCUUUACAAUUUGUGGCUUUGUUAGCUUCUACGAUGAAAUCGGUUAUUUCUUUGUCAACUACUUGGUUGUUAUUUCAAUGCUUAUCUUGGUUAACAAAACAAAAGAAUAUAACAACAACUGCUGGCCAGUCAUCAUCAACCAAAAAUAAUGUAAACACAAAGAGGGAGAAGGGGGGAGAUCAGCGAUGUUGUUGAAAAUCUUAUUAUUAUUAAAAGAAAAAAAAUUGUAAAUAAAAUGUUCAAGAUACCAAAUGGUAUACUUUUUCUUUU